CAGAAACCCAAUUGGGUUUGUUUAAUUUUGUAAAUUCGUUUUUAAUUUGGGAAAUUUGGAAGAUUUUGAAUUUUGGGAUUUAGGGUUAUUGAUUUCUGAGGGUGGUUGUGUGAUCGGUGAGAAUUUGAUUGAUUUGGGAUUUUGGGUUGUGUUGAAUGGGUCGUGGUUUGAUUAGUAGUUGUAGAUUUUGAGAGAGAGGGAGAGAUUUGUGGAUGAUUUCUGUGGGGAGUAGGGAUGCAAGGAAGGGGGUAGAAUUAGGGUUUGGUGGUCGGAGAGAGAUGGAGGAUACUGAGCUUGAAGAAGGCGAAGCUUGCUCUUCCCACAUCAAUGAAUACGAUCCCAACAUCGAUGCUCUCUCUUACAUCGAUGAUAGAAUUCAGGAUGUUUUGGGACACUUCCAGAAAGAAUUUGAAGGUGAGGUAUCUGCGGAGAAUUUGGGGGCAAAGUGGGGUGGGUAUGGCUCUUUUUUAACUUCCUAUCAGCGGUCUCCAGUGUGGUCUCAUCCGAAGACUCCACAAAAAGUUCACAACUACAGCUUACUGAAAUCUCCCAACAAUUUGAAACUUGAGUCUGGUCAACGUAACAAUGCAGUUUGUUAUAAUACACCUCAGUCAGUGGGAGUAGGAACUGCUUCUACCGGUUCCACUUCGCUUGUUGUACCAAAGGCACCCUCAUUAGUUCAACCUGACCAGUACGCUCCUCGGCAUGAAUCUGCAAACAAGAAAGCUAUCAAUUCAUCAGACCAGAAAACAUUGAAGGUGCGAAUUAAAGUUGGAUCAGAUAACUUGUCGACACGAAAAAAUGCUAUCUACAGUGGGCUUGGCCUUGAUACCACACCGUCUUCCUCACUAGAUGAUAGCCCUUCAGAGAGUGAAGGGAUAUCUCAUGAGCCUCGAGAUGCCCCAUUUGAAUCUCCCACCAGUAUUCUUCAGAUUAUGACAUCCCUUCCGGUGCUUGAGGAUGUGAUGUCACCUCUUCAUGACGACCUCAUUUACUUAAUUGCAAAGGAAAAGCUCCUAAAAGAGGGUACAGCGAAUGGAACUCAUACCAUGCAGGGUGGUGGGAAAGUAUCAAGAGCGAGGAAAACAAAAUCAGUCGAAAGAAAUGAUUUAUCAGUAGAAUCAAAAAGUGGGAGAAAUAAGGAUGGAACUGGGCUUCUGUCAACGAAGGAACACGACAUUGACAUGUUUGCUUGUGAGGAGUUUGUUUCUAAAACCUUGAAGCUCCCGCUUCUAUCUAAUUCAUUUUCUACUGUCAAUGACAUGAUCAAGAGCAAUGAAAUUGAUAAGAAAAGUUUAGUGAGGGACAAGGUCUUCCCUGCAGAAGACGAACCAAUGGAGCGAAUGUCCAACCAAGAGGAUGGCUGGGUUGAAAAGCGAAAAGCCAAUUUGGCUGGAAAGGUUCAGGAAGAUAGAAAAGUAAAUUUAAGCGAUGAUGUUUUGGCUCAUCCAAAGAAAGAGGGCUGUUGCAGAGGAGAGAAAACUUAUGAAUUGGUAAAAGGUGACUUAAAUGUUUCCAAGGGGAGGAAAGCUUUAAAUACUGAAAUCAUGGACCAUUCAAAGCAGAAAGUCAAUCAGAAGGCUGGAUUGCAUGAGGUGGAUGAUACAAGACUAUAUUCUGGGAAGGAGUAUCCGCUACCCGGGGAAAAAAAGAAACCGAAGGAAAGUCAGAGGACACCAGUUGCUGAGAUGCCAAAAGAAAGCUCAAGGGUUUGUUCUUCUUCAGUGCCCAAGAUGAAGAGCACGCAUGCGAACAGUUCUAAUACUGAUCAAAGUAGGGAUACAUAUAGAGAUCUGUUUGGGGAUAUAGAUGAAAAUAACCAAAUAAAUUUAUUUGAACUUCCCUUUGAAGAGAAGCUUAAGGACACUGAUGCUGUUGCAAAAAGCACCCCUGCAGUUAACAGUACAUCAAGGGAGAGACAAAAUGGCAAUAAAUUUGAUAAACCAUCAUCAAUGGCAGACUCACAUCCUAUGACGGCUUCAAAUAUACUCCCACGUUCUGGAAAUGGGCCCAUGUCUGCUGGGCCUCCUGCUACAGGGGCUCCUGCACUGAUAGAAGAUAGUUGGGUGUGUUGUGACAAGUGUCAGAAAUGGCGGCUUCUUCCAUAUGGUACAAACCCGGAGAGCCUACCUGAAAAGUGGCUGUGUAGCAUGCUUAAUUGGCUGCCUGGGAUGAAUCGGUGUAAUGUAAACGAGGAGGAAACAACAGAAAAGACGAAAGCUUUAAUUGCACAGUACCAAGUUUCUGCUCCUGAGAGUCAAAGUAAUCUGCCCAGAAAUCCUGGUUUAAUGGAAGGAGUGGCAUUGCCUAAGCCUCCGAACCCUGACCAAAACCUUGAAAAUUUUGGUUUGCCUGGCAUGCCUAGUAGUGGAAAGAAAAAAAAUGGAGCAAAAGAAUUGCCAAAUGCAACUAAUAAAGAUGGUUCCAUUCAGUUUCCAAACUCCAUGAAGAAAACUAUGCAGGCAUCAGUGAAGAGUAGAAGCUUGAAUGAUGUGAAUCAGUCUCCACUGCCAAGUGAACCUGAUUUGCAGCAGCUAAGCAAGUCCAGUGACAUGGCAGUGGAGAAACGGAAGCACAAGUACAGGGAGAAGCAUAGAGAUUUAGAGCCCUCUACUGGGGGAGGUGACAUCAAGAAUUUAAAGAUAAAGAGCAGAAGAGACUCCGUUCCAGAUUCUUCUCGAGCUUCCAAGAAAAUCAAGACUGAAGUUAAACAUAUUAAUGAUGAAGGAUGGACAUCAGACUACAAUUGGGCAGUUGGGGAGGUAGGUCCUAGCUCAAGUGGUGCUGCAGCAGGGAAAGAUCAAAUUAAGAAUAGGUCACAUGCUGCUUCUAUUACAAAAACAAAGGAUGAAGCUUUCUUAAAAAGUCGAUCCUUAGAUGUGGGAAACUGUGAUUCUAAAGGUAGAUCAAAAAAGAGAAAAGUGAAGGAAUCCUCCGACAUGGGUUCCCUUCCAGCUACAGGGUGUUAUGUUGAGGAUCAUUCAGUUACUGUGAAGGAGGAGUUUAGUGAGAAUGACCGCAGGAAAGAAAAGAAGGCAAGGACUUCUAAAUCUGACGGAAAAGAGUCUAGUGCAAGCAAGGGAAGUGGUAGAACAGACAAAAAGAGCAGCCAUACAAAGAACCAACAACAUAGAAAAGAUAUAGGUAGCAGUUUAACUCUCCGGAGUAGGAAUGGUAUGGAUUCCUUGAAAAAAGAUUUGGGAUUUGUACAGGUUCCUAUGGCUGCAACUUCAAGCUCCUCCAAAAUCUCUGGUUCCCAGAAAACCAAAUCCAGUUUUCAGGAAGUUAAAGGUUCACCUGUAGAAUCCGUCUCAUCUUCACCUAUGAGAAUCUUGAAUCCCGAUAAGCUUACAUCAGUACGCAGGGACCUCAUUGGAAAGGAUGAGUCACAAAAUGCUGGUCAUUUUGCCAUAGCUAGCCCAAGAAGAUGCUCAGAUGGCGAAGAUGAUGGUGGGAGUGAUCGAUCUGCAACAGCGAGGAAGGACAAAGUUUCCACAGUGGCUUAUCAUGGGUCUCAUGAGUCUUCUGUGCUUGAUUUCCAGGACAGAGAUUCUAAUCACAUAUCUGGUGGUAAAGGUAGAGGGCAGGUCGCCCCAUCGCCCGAUAUCACGAAUGGUCUUUCUAUGAAUGGUGCUUUGGGUAAUUCAGGUCAAGAUACUGGGUGUCCUAAACAACUGGCUUCUAAUCAAUUUGGUGGUGAAUACAGAGAGAAUGGAAAGCAUUAUCACUCUAAUGGAUCUCACCCAAGAAAGUCAGGGAAGGGAUACUCUUCUUCAUGGUUAAAGGACAAGAACGGGAGCUUUGAAUCUGAUUUGGACAUUGGUGAGGCCAAGAAUUCUAAAGUUCUCAGUGAACAGAAAGAUCAUUCACCCUCCCAUGGAAUAAAACCCUGGGAUGGUAAAAACAAGUGUGGGUCUAAAUCUGGUCAAACUGAGAACAAAUAUGUCAGCAAGAAAGAUGUUACUGGGAAAUCUUCCAUUGAGAGCAGUAAAAGGGAAGGUCAGUCAAAUUUCGGGGGGCAUGAUGGCCCAGAUGUUAAGCCAGAAAUCAUUUGCAAAAAAGAUGCAAUUUCUACUCCCAAGCAGAAUUCGCUGCAAGAUUGUGAUGGUGAAAGGUUAUCAAAGAUUCCUUCCGGAAAAACUGAACGAGUGGAUGCAGGCUCAAUUAGGGGGAAGUCACUACCCUUGCCAACUUCUGGUGGAGCUCAAAAUGAGACCACAACCCGUUGUCCCCGACCAGCUGUGGGUUCUCAAAAAGGUAAUGGAGCAGAUAGCUCACAAGUUGAUGCCUCUGAAGGUAAUGAUGCUCUGAAGCAAAUACAAACCAGAAAGGUUGAUAAUCAGAAUGGAACUCAGCAUAUCAGUUCAAGGCAUCUUUUACAGAAUGGGCACAGGGCCAGGGAUAUUGAUGCCCCUAGUCCAGUUAGAAGGGACUCCGGCAGCCAGGCUGUUACAAGUGCUCUGAAAGAAGCUAAAGAUCUAAAACAUCUUGCUGAUCGCGUCAAGAACGCCGGGUCAACUUCCGAAAGUACGGGGUUUUACUUCCAAGCGGCUGUCAAAUUUCUUCAUGCUGCAUCUUUGUUGGAGAAUAUUGAUAGUGCCAAGCAUAAUGACAUGACUCAGUGCAUGCAAAUGUAUAGUAGCACCGCAAAACUUUGCAAGUUUUGUGCUCAUGAAUAUGAGAAAGCCAAGGAUAUGGCUGCUGCUGCUUUGGCCUACAAAUGCAUGGAGGUGGCCUAUAUGAGGGCGGUAUACUGCUCGCAUGCCAGUGCAAGCAGAGAUCGUCUUGAGUUGCAAACAGCUUCAUUGGUUCCUCCUGGUGAAUCUCCUUCUUCCUCUGCCUCUGAUGUUGAUAACCUAAACAACCCCUCAACGGUUGACAAGGUUGCCUUACCCAAGGGUGUUAGCUCUCCCCAAGUUGCUGGAAACCAUGUUAUUGCUGCCCGAAGCCGUCCCAAUUUCCUCCGGAUACUCAAUUUUACUCAGGAUGUAAAUUUUGCAAUGGAAGCGUCGAGGAAAUCGCGGCUUGCAUUUGCAGCUGCUAAUACAAACACUGGAGAUGCUAAGCGUUCAGAAGGUAUUUCUGCCAUUAAACGGGCUCUUGACUUUCACUUCCAAGACGUAGAGGGAUUGCUACAUUUGGUACGGCUCGCAAUGGAUGCUAUCAGCCGGUAAAAGAGGCAAGUAGUUGUGGGAUGAUUCAACCCUAGGAAGGUUUAUCUAUUGGUGAAUCCUUGGUCUCAUGCCUUAAGAAGGGAGUAAAAAGAGGCUGUCCUUGAUACUUCUGCUGAACUGCUUGGAACUUCUGUUGAGGAACUGGUUGUUUCUCUUCUUGUUUCAAGUAGACGACUCCUAGUCAUUUUAUUUUGUGGUCCUGAAUCUGCUUGCAAGUGCUGUCGGAGACCAAACAGGUCAUUCAGAUCUCAAUUUAUUUAUUUUGAGGUAUUGUGAACCCAUCGUCAAGUACAGCUCCGCUGAAAAGGUUCUGAGCAGCUUCUGAAGGUGGAUUUACUUCAUCAAGAAUGGGAGGAGAUAUAUAAUAGUUGUAUAUAAGGACAAGAAAACGAGUUCUAAAAUCAAUAGGGGAUUUGUUUUGGCUCUCAAAACCAGAACUUACAGCUUUGGAAUCCCUUAUUGUUCAGACUGUUAACUUAUCUUGAUAAUCCGUUAUCUUGAACUGUCUGGAGAAGACUCUGGCAGCUGCCAGUAUGUUCGCAAACUGUCUGAUCUGAUUCAACAGGUUGAGACCACAUCAAUACUGUAGAAAAGGGUGAAAACGAUGGAAACCGUAGGUUGUCUUCACUUUUGUUGUAGUUAGGAUAUCCUCUUUGCGUUAGUAGACACGAAAUCA